GGCGAGAGCGGGGAAAGGUGGAGAGAGGAGGAGUGUGGGGGGGGCUGGGCUAGGUUCUCCCGCCCCCUCCCUCCCCACUGCUCCCCCCCCGGGGAGCUGCUGAACCCCCACCCCCUGCAGCUUGGCCCUGCUGGGCAGGUGGCUGCACCCGCCCGUUUGGCCCUGGUGGGUGCUGGCAGGGUGGGUAGGUGUUAGGCGAGUCCCCCCGCGGGGUGGGGAGCCGGAGCCAGGCUGCCCGCCCGUGCCACCCGGGCACCACGCUGCCCGCUGCUGCCAGGGCUGGGGAGGGACCCCGGGCUCUGCAGCGGCAGCUGCUGGUGUUGGGGGAGGGGGCUAGAGUGUGGCUCUUUGUUGCUGCCUGUGUGAAGGGGACCCUCCUCCUGGCUGAUGUCUGAGCUGCACCACUACCUCCUCCAUCUGCACUUCGAUGUAGCUGCAAUUGAAAGAAGGUUUUGGCCGUGCAUUGGAGCGGUUCUGAGAAACAAUUCUACUGGUGAUGCACAAGCCAGAAUAGACGCCAGCUCGCUCUCCAGUAGCUGUGCUGGUUCUGCAGGGAGCUGGGAAGGCUUUUGGGUUGUUGUCUGGGUCUCAAGGCAGAGCCUGCUGGAGGCACUGGAAGUGGAUCGGUUCCUGGUCAUGCCCGGUGGAAGGAGGGGACCCAGUCGGCAGCAGCUAAGCCGUUCAGCUUUGCCUUCUCUCCAGACUUUGGUUGGCGGGAGCUGUGGCAACGGCACUGGUCUGAGAAACAGGAAUGGUAGUGCUAUCAGCCUCUCAGCUCCUCCCAUAACGGCCCUGAUCACCCCAGAGCCUGUGCGUCACUGCCGGAUCCCUGACCUGCCACUGGACGGGAGCCUUCUCUUUGAAUUUCUCUUCUUCAUCUACCUGCUAGUGGCGCUCUUUAUUCAGUACAUCAAUAUCUACAAGACUGUCUGGUGGUAUCCCUACAAUCACCCUGCCUCCUGCACCUCUCUGAAUUUUCACCUCAUUGAUUACCACCUGGCAGCGUUCAUCACGGUGAUGCUGGCACGGAGGCUGGUGUGGGCCCUCAUCUCCGAGAAGCCUCCCAGGAGCACAACAUUCCUUGAUUUUACUGAGAAUUGUGUCUGUGUAUUUGAGGGCAGAAGUGGUCCAAGUUUGGGAUGGGAAAGAUCACUUGGGCCGCCAACAGUUUUGCAAAUGAAAAGACAAGCCUCUCAGGUGGGCGCAACGUCAGUGAUUCACUACAUGGCACUGAUUAUGGCGCGCCUGGUGCUGCUCACGCUGUGCGGUUGGGUGCUCUGCUGGACUCUGGUCAAUCUCUUCCGCAGCCAUUCUGUGCUCAACCUCCUCUUCUUGGGCUACCCGUUCGGUGUCUACGUUCCCCUUUGCUGCUUCCACCAAGACAGCAGAGCGCAGCCCCUCCCAACGGACUGCAGCUACCUGGUGCAGGAUCAGAUGGUGGAUGACGGGACCUCAGGCAUAGGCAGCCUGGUUAAACCCAAAGACUUCCUCUCGCUCCUGCGGGAGUCCCUGAAAGAACAGUUCAAUAACCCUACGGCCAUCCCCUCACACAGUUGUCCCCUCUCCCCGGACCUCAUCCGCAAUGAGGUGGAGUGCCUGAAAGCGGACUUCAACCGCAGGAUCAAGGAGGUUCUCUUCAACUCCCUCUUCAGUGCCUACUAUGUGGCCUUCCUGCCGCUGUGCUUCGUGAAGAGCACCCAGUACUACGACAUGCGCUGGUCCUGCGAGCACCUCAUCAUGGUGUGGAUCAACGCCUUCGUUAUGCUCACCACGCAGCUGCUGCCCCCCAAGUACUGCGACCUGCUGCACAGAUCAGCCGCCCACCUGGGCAAGUGGCAGAAGCUAGAACACGGCUCAUACAGCAACGCCCCACAGCACAUCUGGUCAGAAAGUACGAUCUGGCCACAGGGCGUGCUGGUGCGGCACAGUCGAUGCCUGUACAAGGCUGUCGGGCCUUAUAAUGUAGCAGUGCCUUCAGACGUCUCCCACGCCCGCUUUUAUUUCCUCUUUCACCGUCCAUUACGGCUGCUCAACCUGCUUAUCCUCAUCGAAGGCAGCGUCGUCUGCUACCAGCUGUACUCCCUGCUGCGCUCGGAGAAGUGGAACCACACCCUCUCCAUGGCCCUCAUCCUCUUCUGCAAUUACUAUGUCUUAUUUAAGCUCCUUCGGGACCGGAUAGUAUUGGGCAGGGCCUACUCUUACCCCCUCAACAGCUACGGACUCAAGGCACAUUAACCUGCCAGAUGCACCAAGGGGUGGGGGGGAAGGGGAGGGAAUCUCAGAAAACCUAUUUUCGUACAGUUCUAUUUUUUUCUUGCGCUGUUUAUAAAUAUUUAAGAUAUUUUAUAUUUUGUAUACUAUUGUUUUGUGGGGUGGGAAGGGGGCAAGUGGCAAUUAAAUGUCGCUUUAUAAACAAGGUGUUAUUUUAUAUAUAUCUAUCAAAUCAGUGUGUAUAUACCGUAUUAUCUAUAUCCAUACAUACAGUUAUGUGAAGCAA